AUGGCACCACCUAAAAAAAAUGUUAAAAUGGACUUAGGGUCUUUCUUGGCUGAUGAUACUUUUGGCGGAGGAUCAUGGGCUGAUGAAGAAGUUGAUUUGAACACUAUUGGUGUUUCAUUAGAAACUUCAAAUUUUGCAGGAUCAACUGCGGCUCCAAUUGGUAAUGUUGGUGGUAGUGGUGGUAUUAAUAAUACUACAUCAACAGGGUUUGGUAAUGAUGAAUUUAAAAGAGAAAGAAAAGAAUUUCCUAUUCCUGAUCAACCACCAUAUCGUGCUAGAGUAUCUAAUUUACCAUGGGAAGUUGAAGAAGAUAUUGUCAUUAGACAUUUUGAAGAUAGAAUGCAAGCUAAAGAUAUUAUUUCCGAUAUUGUUUUACCAAAAGAUAGAGAAACUGGUAGAUUAAGAGGAUUUGCUUUUAUUACAUUUAAUGAUCGUGGUUUAUUAGAAGAAUCUUUGAAUUUAUCAAUGACUGAAUUUCAAGGAAGAAAAAUUUAUGUUAAUGUGGCUGCUCCACCAAAGGGAGAAGAUGGUGAUUGGAGAGCAGGUAGAUCUGGUAGUAAUAGAAGAGGUGGUGAAGGUCGUGAACCAGCCCCAGAAUUGGAUUGGGGUGCUGCCAGAAAUUCUCAAGCUGAAUUACCACCAAGACAAAGAUCUAACAGAGUAGGUAGUGGUAGUGGUCCAUCGGGUGAAUCAACAAGACCAUCAAGAAGACAAGAAGCUGAAUUAGAUUGGGGUUCUGCUAGAACUUCAAGAGAUGGAUUACCACCACAAAGAGAAAGAUCAAAUAGAACACCAAGAAAACAAGAACCAGAAUUUGAUUGGAAUACUGCUAGAAACACUCAAGCUGAAUUACCUGUUAGAGAAAGACCACAAAGAGAUAAUUUUGAUGGAACUCCAAGAGAUAAUUCUUCUAGACAAUCUUCAAAAAGACAAGAACCUGAAUUUGAUUGGAGUUCUGCUAGAAAUACUAAAGCCAAUUUACCACCAAGAGAAAGACUUAAUAGAACUGGAUCCAAUAAUGGUAAAAAAUCAAUUGAACCUGAUUUUGAUUGGAAAAGAGGUCAAAGUUUACCAUCUCGUAAUGUUUCAAGAUCAACUGGUAAUCAAAGAAAUGUUAAAAAAGAUGAACAACAAAAUCAACCACAAAAACCACAAAAAUCUCAUUUCAGUGUUUUAAAUGUUGAAGGAGAAGAUGAUGAAGAUGAAGAACAAGAACAAGAAGAAGAACAAGAGGAACAAGUCCAAAAAAGCAAACAACAAAUUGACAAUUUACAACAAGCUACUAGUAAAUUAACUGUUUCCGAAGGUCAAGAAGAUGGUGAAGGUUGGGAAGUUGUUAGAAAAUAA